AUGUUUUCAUUAAUCUCGGAUUCAGCAUCCCUCUUAUACCUCAAUAUCACAUGUACGUUCACGUUUAAUCGAUUGCAUCAUGAUUCCGCCUUAACCGCUGGAGAUGUAUACGUCCUAAUUGGGAGCCCUCCGGUUUUCCAUUUAAGGUGUGGUUGGUUUGGUAAGGGUGAAGAAAGUAAGAACAUUAACAAUGGUAUUGGUAGAAGUGUGGGAAAGGGAUUUUCUACAUUGGAAUGGGUUGGUAGUCUUACUAACAUAAGCGUAGAUGAUUCCAUGAACCUAUCUCAACCAGAAAUCAUGUGAACCAGAGGAGCCGAAAGAAUGUGAGUUUGAUGAAAAUCAUAUUCCUGCCCCAAAGGAUCUCACCUCACUCACUGAUAUGUAUUGGCCGGAGUCUUUAGGACAUAAUGAUUAGAUGAGACAUAUGGUAUAAGAAAAGAAGUGAAUUAUGCCACUAAUUUCAAGGAUCUUCAUAAGCUCAUACACACAUGACCUAUGCACAAAAGAGAAACCUGGAUAAAGAAAAACAACAUAAGGAUGAUGUGUAAAGCAUAUUAUUUGGGUUUGUUUAACUGAACAGGAGAGAAUCUGACUCUAGGGUAGUCAAAAAAACUAAAGAAGGCAACCUGCAUUUACCUUUGUAUAAGUAUAAAGGUGAAGCACAAUUUUCAGUGUUACAUGAUUAUAAGUGAAUCCAAGGUGUAUCCUGAGGUCCUUUCUCAAAAGAAUGCUAUCACAAACUCAAUCAUGAUCCUGUUUUUGACUAUUUCAACAAUUGGCUGCUUGCAAAGGUAUUUCAUCGAAUAGGAUCAGAAAACCAGUAUUUUGAUUGUAUACUUUUGGGGUGAAUUUGUGUAUGCCAGUUGAGUAGGCUGGAUGUAUUUCUAAAGGCUAACUGUGUGAAGGUGAAUGCUGAUACCCCUCAAAAGCAAGUCAGAUUUUUGACACUCAAUGUGGCUUCUUUACAACUAUCUUGGAUAGGGGUGAUGAAAUGAUCUUUCUUUGAUCCAAACUCUACUGCCAAAGUUCAUGAAAAAGUAAGUGGCACUUGGUUCGCCUAAUUCAACGAGAUUUAACAGGAAUCGGAAUCCAAUUCCGAUUCCAAUCCUUCUUUUGGAUGCAAGAUAUGAAACAAUAGAAAAGAUAUAUUCAGAAAUGAAAAAUAUGAGAGGAAAUUGAGAAAUAUGGUUAUAUUAUAUUUUGAAAUCAAAUAGCAAUGA